AUGAACGAUGACAAUAGACCGCUCAACCCUGAAGAACGGGUUUUAUUUGAUGGUUCUCUUCAAAAGAUUGUUUACCUCAAAGAAGAAGGUCACGUGAUCAAAUAUUUUCUCCCCGAGAACCCUGGCUAUAUUCGGGAUUUCAAAGAAGAGUGCGAGGUUUUGCGUAGAUGCAAACAUUCGAACAUUAUUUCUUACUUUGGAACGGUUAAAAGACCGCAAUUGGGUAUCCUAAUGGAAUAUUGUGAAAAUGGGCCAUUAGAAGAUGUCGUUUUUGACCAAUCAAUUCGUUAUAAGAUGGAGACUGUAUUAGAAUGGAUGAAGCAACUGCUUCGAGCACUUUGCCACCUUUGCGAGAAGAAAAUCGCUCAUACAAAUAUAAAUCUACACAACAUUCUUGUCACGGAAAACUUGAAUAUAAAACUAACUGGCUUUGGUUGUGCUCUGAGGGGUAACGAGUUGGAAAAGUUUUCGUUAGCUGCGUCGACUGAUCUUUAUAGUGUUGGCGUUGUUUCUUGGCAUAUUGUUGAGCGGGAAAAACAACCCUCUGCGGAUCCAAAAACUUUUGGCAAGCAAUCUUUCCCAGCAAAGAUUUCCGAAACCUCCAAAACUUUUGAAGUUGAUCCAAGUUUUUACGAUAAAUUCGAGGCUUUGAUUGAGAGUUGCACCGCCUAUGAGACUGGCAAGAGAACAAACUGCUUCUCAGCGCUACUAAUAAUCAAGGACCUGCAAGAUCAAGUCGCCAGAAUCAAAGACGAGUCUGAGACCAAAGAGGCGAUCGAUGUGUACGAAGUGUACGAGAAAGGAAUGAGGCCUGAUUUUGUCGAGAGUUUGGAGAAGAACAAGAAAGCUGAGUUUGUGAGAGACCGCCACAAGAAAGCUUUCCCCGAAGCCAUGAAGCAUUUUGAAAAUGUUGUCCAAGACUUUCUCGAUGAGCCCGAUCUGAUCGAGUACAAAUGCAACUUGCUUAACGAGAUGAUUCAGGCUCGAUAUGAGGACUUGCAACAAGACAACGCCAUUCAGCACCUUCACCAACAGGUUGACGAGAUGUUCCAAGGAUUGGUGGAAGAGCAUUGGAAAGCGUUGAAAGAACAAGUCGCCAGAAUCAAAGACGAGUCUGAGACCAAAGAGGCGAUCGAUGUCUGUCAGAAGCUACUUCGGGAAAAGUACGGGAUCAAAAAGAAAUGCGAGGACAGCUUCGAGAAGGAGGUUCUCCACAAUUUGAAAGUCAGCAAAGAAAUGGCGGAUCUCCACGUGAAACAAGCGGAAGACAAGAAGAGAUUGGAAUCGCUUGAAGAGGAAACGAAUGCACAGUUAGGGGAGAUGAACAAGCAAUUAGUAGAAGAGCGUCGACUCCGUGCCGAGGCCGAGAGUCACGCUUCAGAGAUGCAGACAUUAUUGACGAAGAUGAAAGUGAUGAACGAGAAUUCACAAGCCCAAAUAGAUCAAAUGUAUGGGCAAAUUGCUUUCGAGGAAAGAGAUCGUCAAGAAAGGGAGAGACGAUACGAGAUAGACAUGGAAAUGAUGAGAAUGGAACAACAAGAGCGUGCUCGUCGCGACGAAGCUCGAGACCAGGAGAGACGCGAAGACAUGAGGCCACAAUCAACCACCGAGGAGGCUGUCGAUGAGCUCUACAAGCUCUACUUGAACAAGGUCUCGCACAUUGAGCACUACGAUGGAGCCGACCAGACGAUGAUCACCGUUGGGAAAGAGCACGCGAGAAAGAAGUUCUUCGAAGAAAUCAAGAAACGGCGUGAGCGAUCGCUCGUUGAAACCAAGUUUGACCAGGAUAAAACCCCGAAUGUCACCGAAUUGGUGAUGAGAGAGACAAAAGGAGAACAACAACGAGAAGGUUCUUCUGUCCAAUACGCUCCAACAAUCACUCCUCCCCCACUUGGAUCAUAUGGAAAUGAGGAAGAGCCGGAGCUCAAAUUGCUGCAACUCUUCGACAUCACCGAAGACGGGAAAACGUAUUUCAACAAGGAAGUGCUCGACUCACUUUGCGCUCAAUGUGGCAAUCGAUCGAGGGGAAGAGCCGGUUUUGAUCCGGAGGAUUUUGUCGGGGGACGCGGUCGAAUCGAAUUCCAACGCGGUUUUAAGCGUCACACCAAAGGAAUUAUGGUUUGGCCAAAAGUCUUCGAUCGACAAGAUAAAGAUGGGAACGAGCUAGCCGUCAUCCUAAUGGACACCCAGGGCACAUUUGACACUUCCAGCAACAUUGCCGACUCGGCCAUAAUUUUCGCCAUCUCGCUAUUAAUGUCGUCGAUCAAGGAUUUGGACGCGUUGAACAUGUUCAUUGCCUUCAGUCAGAGGACGGAGGAGAGAGUGGGACAGCACUUUCUGAUCAUGGUUCGCGACUCGAUUGCCUCCGGCUUUGACCCUGAAUACCUGGAGCAAAUGAGGGUGAACACUCGCAGCGGCCCCGAACUUGCCCGCCUCCUCAAUGGAGUCUUUGAAGCGUUCGAGAAAGUGGAAUGCUGUAUGGUGCCCCGACCAUCCAAUGCAGUGAUCAACGCAUCCGGGGAGAUUUUGGCUAAAGAUUGUGGCGACGAUUUCUUGUCGAUGCUCUGCGAGUGCGCGAAUCAUGUGCUGAGAAACUUGGUCCCAAAAAUAGUGAUGGGUACCCCACUGACUGGGAGAACUUUGGGAGCAUAUGUGGAGAAUCUCGUCGACCACAUUCACUCAAACAGUCACAGGGCUAUUUGCUCGGCGUUUGCGGCCACUUCACAACUCUUCUUUGAGAAGGCUCGCAUCGCUGGGAAUGAGACUUUUGCGAGCCUCCAUGAAAUGCUUGUUCGCGAGCAUGGUCAUCGCCCGAUUCGACCCCGGGAGUAUGAGGAGGCCUUGCAGAAUUUCAUCCAACAAGCCAUUGAGGCCUAUCAAUCGAAUCAGCUUUUCGGAUCGGCUGAAGAGAAGGGCAAACAUUUUGAUGACUUCCGAAAGAUGCUUGAGGAAAGAUGCCAGGAAAAGAUCUCGAGCAACAGGGAUCGCUAUAGGGACAUUCAAAUGGCCGAGGCGGUCAAUGGAGCUUACGAAGUGUACGAGAAAGGAAUGAGGCCUGAUUUUGUCGAGAGUUUGGAGAAGAACAAGAAAGCUGAGUUUGUGAGAGAACGCCACGAGAAAGCUUUCCCCGAAGCGAUGAAGCAUUUUGAAGAUGUUGUGCAAGACUUUCUCGAUGAGCCCGAUCUGAUCGAGUACAAGCGCAAUUUGCUCAACGAGAUGAUUCAGGCUCGAUAUGAGGACUUGCAACAAGACAACGCCAUUCGGCACCUUCACCAACAGGUUGACGAGAUGUUCCAAGGAUUGGUGGAAGAGCAUUGGAAAGCGUUGAAAGAACAAGUCGCCACAAUCAAAGACGAGUCUCAGAUCGAAGAGGCGAUCGAUGCCUGUCAGAAUCUACUCCAGGGAAAGUACGGGAUCAAAAAGGCUGAAUUCGUUGCCGAUGUGGCGACCGCUUUGCCCAAAAUUUCUCCCGAAAUCGUCGAGCGUCUGUUAGACAACUUCAGGGAGAGUCAAUUGGCGCAAUUCAAGAAAUGCGAGGACAGCUUCGAGAUGGAGGUUCGCCACAAUUUGAAAGUCGGCGCGCUCAACAAACAAAUGGAGGAUCUCCAUUUGAAACAAGCUGAAGACAAGAAAAGAUUGGAAUUGCUUGAAGAGAAGAUCGGAGAGAUGAACGAGCAAUUGAGAAUGGACCAAGAAGAGCGUGCUCGUCACGAGGAAGAAAUGCAGGCAUUAUUGGCAAUGAUGAAAGCGAUGAAAGCGAUGAACGAGAAUUCACAAGUCCAAAUGGAGCAAAUGCGGCAUGAAAGGGACGAGCGAAUCGCUCGCGAGGAAAGAGAUCGUCAAGAAAUGGAGAGACGUUACGAGAGAGACAUGAUGAGAAUGAUGAGAAUGGAACAACAAGAGCGUGCUCGUCGCGACGAAGCUCGAGGCCAGGAGAGACGCGAAGACAUGAGGAUGCCACAAGAUCCAAUGGAACGCCUGCGACAGGCACACGAGGCCGAAAUGGCCGCCAUCCGUAACCGACCUCCGCCACCACGACCGAGGAAUUGCUCAAUUAUG